UUCCGAUUCACAUUGGACCAUGAAGAAAAAAUUAAAAGUCUAAUUAGUGAUGCCAACACAUAUGAGCAACUUAAAAGGGACCCAUCCAGUAGGUAUAAGAAAGAAAUCAUAGACUGUCUCCAAAAGUUAGAGAAGGAAGAACUAAUUGACAGACAGAUGUAUCAUAGGUUAUACCCUGGGGAGGCUACACCAUGUAUCUAUGGCCUUCCAAAAAUUCACAAGGAAGGGUUUCCCCUCAGACCCAUUGUCUGUAGCAUUGACUCUACCACGUACAAUGUAGCUAAAUAUGUAAAAACAGUCUUAUCCCCAUUAGUAGGCAACACUGAACAUCAUAUAGAGAACACAAAAGGGUUUGUGGCGAGCAUCAAAGACCUCAGAUUGGAGCCAGAGGAAACUUUGGUGUCGUAUGAUGUGACUUCACUUUUCACAUCUGUCCCCACCCCAGCAGCAGUCUCGGUGGUGAGGAAGACACUGCUCGAGGACUCAACUCUGCAUAGGAGAACAAAACUUAGUGCUGACCACAUCUGCCAAUUGUUGGAAAUUUGCCUUAACACUACAUAUUGUCAGUUUAGAGGGAAAUUUUACAGACAAAUUCAUGGUUGUGCUAUGGGCUCACCAGUCUCACCCAUAGUGGCAAAUCUGUACAUGGAAGAGAUGGAGAAACAGGCUCUCACAUCCUUCUCAGGGACAAAACCAAGGCACUGGUUUAUAUACGUGGAUGACACCUUUGUUAUAAUCAAAAAACAGGAAAUUCAGUCUUUCACAGAUCAUAUCAAUGCGGUUGACACCAAUAUCAAACUAGCCUUCUUAGACUGCAAGGUAAUUAUAGGAAAGGACAGACAGCUACUUACAGAGGUCUUUAGAAAGGCCAAACACACUGACCAAAACCAUCCACUACAACAUAAACUAGGGGUUAUUAGGACUCUCCAACAUAGAGCGGAACAAACACCAACUAAUGCUGAGGGAAGGAAAAAGGAGACACAACAUGUCCAGAGAGCGCUCUCAACCUGUGAGUACCCGCGGUGGGCUUUUAACAAAUGUCAAAAGAAGAGAGUACGGAAAGAAAUCCAAAAGCCCACAGAAGCAAAAAGGAGAGGAGUGGUAGUCCCUUAUGUAGCGAGGGUCUCCGAAAAACUCCAGAGGAUCUUAUGGCAACACAAAAUUCUUACUUAUUUCAAACCACUAAAUACCCUGAGACAAAAAUUAGUGCAUCUUAAAGACAAGGCUCCAAACCAAAAACAGAGCAAUGUGGUCUAUUCCAUCCACUGUAAAGAUGAGGAAUGCAAAGAGCACUACAUUGGGGAAACUAAGCAAAUGCGCCAAAAAAGGCUUUAUCAACAUCGCAGAGACAAUUCUAGUGGUCCUCAAUCAGCAGUACAGCUACACCUUAAAGCAACCGAUCACUCUUUUCAGGACAGCGAUGUAAAGAUUUUGGCCAAAGAAAACAGAUGGUUUGAAAGAGGAGUAAAGGAAGCUAUUUUUGUCAAACAACAGAACCCAUCAUUGAAUCGGAAUGGUGGUUUGAGGUUUAAUUUGGACCCUGUGUUCAGCAGGUUACUGAGACCAAAACCCACAGCUCUUAGUCUUGCAAAUGAGGUGAAGCCAGGGCCGAGCCAGAACAAUAGAUGCUAACGAGCCAGUAUCAGAGUCGUUCAUACCCAACUCAGGGAGCGACACUUCCCUUUUAUCGGAGGUGUUAAUA